GUUGAAGACUACGUGAGCAAAAAGUUUGCAGAGCUGCAGAGCCCAAACAAAUUCAAAGUAUACUUAGGCCAUGGUGGAAAACCCUGGGUGUCAGACUUCAAUCAUCCGCACUACCUGGCUGGCAGGAGGGCUAUGAAGACAGUUUUUGGAGUUGAACCAGACCUGACGAGGGAGGGAGGAAGCAUUCCUGUUACCCUUACUUUUCAAGAAGCAACUGGCAAGAAUGUCAUGCUGCUUCCUGUUGGAGCUGCAGAUGAUGGUGCCCACUCUCAAAAUGAGAAGCUAAAUAGGUACAACUACAUCCAGGGGGUGAAGAUGCUUGGUGCAUACCUCUAUGAAGUAUCCCAGCUGAAAGACUAACUUAGACACCUUGCCUUCUGGCUUAUGGAUCAGAACUCUGAAUUUUCUUACUAAAUGUCACCAAUCACCAAGUUUUCUAUGGCUCCCCUCUUCCACCAUCACUCCACUGCUUUGGUGGGGGAGAGGGAAGCAUGCAGUUCCACUUGACAAAGAACAUGGUAUACAAAAAAAUUCUUUAAAUGCUUACUUAAAAUGACACAGACUAUUCCUGAUCUGGCCAGCAGUCCUGAACUGCAUCUUUGUCCACUCU